GACUCAUUGAAAUACUCCUACAACACAAGGAAGUAACACUUCUUGUAAGGCAACCAGCAUCCUUAAUUUCUCCCAGCAAGCAAGCAGAAAUGGAGAUUAAGGAACAUCCACUGCUUCCUUUUUCUUUAGGUGAGAAAGGUCUGCAGCUUCCUGUUUCUAACCAAGAAGAAAUUGAUGGAGCUUUUCAGCGUCUAGAAGCCGUUCCUCAUAGCAUUGUCACUGAAAUCCUGGAGAAAUUGCCUUCUCAGAUUCUCAGGGUGCUUGGAGUGGAGUGGGGCGUCAAGGAUGCACUUGAGAAACUCGGAAGCAUAGUUUUGACAACCACACCGGUGCUUACUGAUGCAGCCAGGAAGAGAAUGGAAAACGAGGAGAUCGGUGAGUGGCUCGAAAAGUUCAUUCUUGCAGUUUAUGAUGCCGAUGACUUGGUUGAUGACUUCUCCACUGAAGCUCUGCAGCGCAAAGUAAUGGUUCAGGAGGAUAAGUACUGGGGAACAAAGAAGGUACGCAUUUUCUUUUCGAGCUCCAACCAGCUUGUUUUUCGAUUUAAGACGGGUCGUAAAUUUAAGGCCAUUAGGAAGGUACUACGUGCCAUUGCAGAAAACAGGAUCUAUAUUAGCCGAUUAACUAAAAUAGAUCAUGAUGAAAGAUGCUCUUCUCUAUCCACACAAGUUGGUGAUGAGAAUAACUACAUGAUGGAGUACUACAAUAGAAAGGAAACACUUUCUUUUUUUGUGCAACCAGCAGCAGCAGCAGAUCAAGAAGAGGAAGUAGUUAUUGGGAGGGAGGAAGAAAAAUUGGAUAUUGUAAAUAAGCUAGUGGACUGUGAAUUUGACGUGUCGGUCAUCCCAAUAGUUGGAACCGCGGGAGUAGGCAAGACCGCACUAGCUAAAUUAGUAUACAAUGAUGAGCGGGUCACUAAUCAUUUUGAACUGAAGAUGUGGGUGUUCGUUUCUGAUGUCUUUGAUGUGAAAAUGAUUGCAAAAGAAAUGAUAGAAUCUGCAACAGGCAGGAAACUAACUGAAAAACUAAUUCAUCAUCCUAUGGAUGGAGUAAUUCAAGAUCACCUUAGGAAAGAAAUUGAUAGGAAAAGGUUCCUGCUUGUAUUGGACAAUGUGUGGAAUGAAGGUGGUGAUUUAUGGCUACAGCCAGUGACGGACCCAGAAAAUUUUGUGAGGGGGGGCGGCUUUUUAAUUUGUGAGUACAAAAUUAUAUGAUGGGUUCAUUUUUGUAAUUUUAAUAGGGUUUUUUUUAUAAGUUUUAAAAAUUUUAAAGUAUAAAAUGAAAAAAA